GAAACCCAAAUUAAAGCCCAAGAGGCCAACCAAUAUUUAGAAUGGAUUCCUUUAGAGGAUCUUAUUAGUAUGGAAAAAUCGGAUAUUUCUGAGGCUGGUCCCGCUGAUACUUGGGAUCCUAACGAGAAUAAAUUCACUACUGGAAAGUUAAUUAAAGUGGCUUUAAUUUCUAUUGGUGAUUCUCCUGAGUCAUUUUUAAAAGAGUUUAAAAUCCAUUAUCAUGGACGCACUCGCAAUGGUCUUGUCGUGCGUCUUUUCGGUGCUACUUGCGAACCUGUCACCAAUAAGUUCAUGAUGGUUGCUGAAACGGUGGAGUGGGAUUUACGUCAUUAUAUGUCUCAUCAUUUUGUUCGCCUCACCUGGCUAAACAAGAUUGCUAUUUUAUAUACUGUUGCUUGUGCUCUUGGAACCCAAAAGAAUGGAUUACAACAAAAUGAUUAUAGUGCCGCUAAUAAGACAGUUAAAUCUCAUAUUGAAAUUCCUUUAAAUGAGUUAGGUUUGGAUGAUGAAAAAGAGUUAAUUCCUGUCAUUGGAAAUUAUCAUGUUCCAGAAUGCUACAAAUCAUUAAUCAAAUUGUGUUGGAGUCAAUGUCUUGAUGAGCGUCCAACUAUUUCUGAUUUAAUAAAUUACUUUAAUGAAUGGCAUCUUUUUGGUAAAGAUAAAGAACAGUUUGAAGAAGCCGAACAAAAAAGGGUUGAUUGGCUUUUGGAGCGGAGGUUAGACCCUAGCAAAGAAAUUGAAAAUCCACCCAAAAUUCAUUCGCAAGCCAUAUAUGGCAGUAGAACAAUUAGCAUUGGAUUCUUAAUAGGUCCGGGAGUAAAAAGUUUAGCCAAAAAAUGCAAAAACAUAUCCAAAAAUGACGAUGACGACGACGAUGAUGUUACUGAUAAAAACGAGCAUAUUUUAAAACAAUAUGAACUUACGAUUCCUGACAACCCAACUAUUGGUCAAAAAUGGGUAAAAAAGGAUAGAAAUAAUGAUGAUUACUUGAUCCUCAAAUUAAAUAACGAAGAAACUAUUUUUGUUUUUUCCCGUAAAAAAAUUGUUACUAGUUGCCAGGAGGUCGGUAAUUAUAUCCAAUCCUUAAUUAAAAAAAGAAAAACAAUUUUAUUCCUUGCUACCAAAAAGACAACUCGUGAUAUUGUUAAAGAAGCAGCAAUAAGAUGUGACAAUUUCCAAAAUUUGGUCAAAAAAGAGCAAGUUAGUUUGGAAAAGAGAAGAAACAAAUUACAAAGUAUUUAUGAGGGAGUAGUUAAUUUGUAUAGGCAACCUGAUGCCUUGUUUAUCAUUGGUUUGAAUAAAGAAAAAACUGCCUUUAAGGAAGCCAAAAAAGUUGGUCUGCCAGUUAUUGCUGUUUGUAAUACUAAUUGUAAUCCUCGUUUGGUUGAUUAUGUUAUUCCUGGUAAUGAUGAAAGUGUCAAGUCAGUUACUUUUUUUGUUAAUUUAGUAGCGGAUGCCAUUAGUGAGAUUAAGAAAGGGGAAAAGUCAGAAAGUGGUAUUGAUAAAGAAAAAAGUGAAGUGAAAUAA